AUGUCGAUCGGGUCUGUUCAUAAUUUUCCUGCUUUGAAGAAUGACCUCAUUCUUAGAGCUGCACGUGGGGAAACCACAGAACAUGUUCCUGUCUGGGUAAUGAGACAAGCAGGUCGUUACUUACCAGAAUUCAAAGAGGUCAGAGCCAAAUAUUCCUUCUUUGAAGUUUGCCAAACUCCAGCAUUGGCAUGUGAAGUCACUCUCCAGCCAAUCAAGCGUUUUGAUCUUGAUGCAGCCAUUAUCUUUUCGGACAUCUUGGUUAUUCCACAGGCCUUAGGAAUGACAGUAGAAAUGGUUCCUGAAAAGGGUCCUACAUUUGAUGAACCUUUAAGAAAAGCUGAAGAUUUGGACAAACUGAACUCAAAAGUUGAUGUUGAAAGGGAAUUAGGAUAUGUCUUUGAUGCUAUCACACUCACAAGACAUAAAUUAGAAGGCAAAGUUCCACUGAUAGGAUUUUCAGGAGCUCCUUGGACUCUAAUGUUCUAUAUGGUGGAAGGUGGUGGUUCAAAUACAGCAUCCAAAAGCAAAAAAUGGCUAUAUACAUUUCCUGAAGCUAGUGUGAAAUUGUUAAAUAUCUUGGAGAAUGUUAUUGUGGAUUACUUAGUGGGACAAGUAAAGGCUGGUGCCCAGCUUCUACAAUUAUUUGAAUCUCAUGCUGGAAUUUUGGGACCAAAUCUUUUCUUUCGGUAUGCUAUGCCUCGUAUUGAAUCCAUUGCCAAAAGAGUCAAGCAGAAAUUAACAGAACAAAAAUUGGAUCCUGUUCCAAUGAUUAUAUUUGCCAAAGAUGCACAUUUUGGCAUCAAGGAACUCAGCACCAGUGGCUAUGAUGUUGUCUCUUUAGACUGGACAAUCGAUCCAGCAAAAGCUAGAAUAAUUGUAGAUUCUAAAGUCAGUCUGCAGGGCAAUCUUGAUCCGUGUGCCUUGUAUUCUUCAAAGGAAGAAAUUAGUAUUCACGUAAAAAACAUGUUGGAGAAAUUUGGGACACAGAGAUACAUUGCUAACUUGGGUCAUGGUGUUUAUCCAGAUUUUAAUCCUGAACAUGUAGGAGCCUUUGUUGAUGCUGUUCAUGAACAUUCAAAAUUAAUGAACAAAAAACUUUAA